AUGGACGCGAUGCGAGCGUACGGCGCCGCGCGCGUCGACCGCGAAUCGGAGGACGUGGAGGCGUUCACGUCGACCGAAACGACGAGUCGACGACGAGCGCACACGUUUCGUGCCGUCGGCCUCGCGGUCGCGAUUGGUGCGCUCGUCGCGUGCGGGGCGAUGACGCACACCGCGCGCGGUGGAAAAGUGUUCGCGAUCGGCGACGGGCUCGACGCGCAAGCGGACGAUGGGGUCACGGGGGUGGACCCGACGGCGCCGCCCGGCCCCUCGAACUUCACCUCGUGCCUCGACGCGUGCGGCGCCGACGUGAAGGACCGAGUCAUGAUGUUACUAGACAUGCGCUCGUGCGGUGAACUCGACGGGGUGGAUAAAUCGUGUUUAUCGAACGCCGCGUGCGACGGCGUGCGGGCGAACGUUGAGGAGGAGUGUCCGGACGUUCUGUAG